GCGUCAUUUCGUGUCGUGUGCGCUGCCGAAAGCUCUCCGGGGGGAGAGCGCCUUCCCGGGGAGCGCCUGGUCGCGGUGUGACGGUUGGGAGGGACAUGGCGGCCGCGGCACUGAUUUCCAGCUUCAAAAGGUAACUUUAAACCUGGGAGGGGUGACAGAAAGUUAGAGACUAAAUUCUGUGCUAAUAGGGACUUCCACUAACAUUGACCUGAUUGUGUGCCACUCUCCGGGAGAAGGGAAUGGCUCUCAUUACACUGGAGGAUCUAGCAGAGUUGGAGGAAGAGGAUGCUGUCAGUGCCGCUCCUAGCAACCCCGAACCAAUGGAUGAAGAUGAAGAGCAACAUAACCAGCUCUUUGCUCAUUGGCAAAGUGUUGCCAACACACAUCAAGUGGACCUUCCUCGAGAAAUGAUGGGACCAAUUCAGCAGUUAAUAAGACACAACCAAGUGCAGGAGCACGUGCCCUACCUCCCUGGCACUCGCUUUGAGAAGUGUAAUGAGACUGCCUAUGAAGAAAGGUUAUACCCAGCUGGAAAAUGGGCAUACAUCAGUAGAAGUGAAAAGCUGUAUGAACAGAGCAUCUCCAUGGGGUUCAUGAAACUCAUGCGUUAUAUCUGCAGUGAAAAUUCAGCAGGUCAUCACCUUGGUAUGACCAUUCCCAUCAUCAAUGAGAUAAGGAUAGUCACAGAAGGGAAUUGCUUGACCCCAGAGGUGGUCACUGCCUACUAUCUACCAGCAGUGUUUCAAGACCAGCCACCACAGCCCAUGGAUCCAGACAUUGAAAUUGUGGAACGUCAACCCAUGAGUGUUGUCACCAGAGUUUUUUUUGGAACAGUCAAUGAGGAGAUCAUACUGCAGGAGAUUCAGGCUUUGACUGAUUUGCUGGGCACCACAGAUGCCUACUCGAGGGAUACCUAUAUUAUCGCUACAUACGAAAAUCCUUCUGUCACGCAACGAAGAAAUGAAAUUUGGUUUAUUCACACAUCCCAGUAACAGCGACAAGGCCUCACGACAAUGAUUGACAGGUUAUUUGAUGAUCUAGAGAAUUAAAUGGAAUUUCAGCAGCAAUCUAAACAUACCCAGGCUUCCUUUGGGGCUGCAUAUAUGCACCUUUAUAUAUCGCCUUUCACGCAGGGUAUUAUGGCGAUGUACAAGGACUACACUAUCUCUGGGUGCCAUUCACUCCUGUACCUUAAGGGAAUGCUCUUGCUUUUCUUGCAAUUUAGGAUUUUCUUCCUAUUCACCAUUUGCUUUGUCAGAUCCAGUUUAUCUUUAUCAUCAGUUUAUCAUCCAGGACUUGAUGUCCGCCUC